AUGCUAGCGCUGGAGCGUUCUCGUCACGAGCAAUCCUAUCUUCAGCAACUCUCGAUGGAUCCCUCGGUGCAUGAUCCCUUUGGGCACACUUCUUUCAUAGAGGCUCCUUCGUUCUUGGUAGAGGCCCCCCAACACUCCUAUAGCGACGGCCAUCCCAGCAAUCAGAAAUUCGAGUCCUAUGCGCAUCGCCCUUCUGCUUCCCCCUCUAUAGCCACUGCCUUCUCCUCCGACCUCAGUACGUCGACAAACUCAUCCGCAUCUGGCCCUUCGCUGCCAAGCACCUCGUCGUCUACCAUCGGCUCUCCGUACCAGGAUAGCUGGAUCGACAUGAACAGCACUUCAGGACUAGGUCCCGCCACUGUGGGUGGCGAUGGUUACCCGCAGGAGUACGUCAGUGCUUCCAUGGAUGGUGAGGCGCUGUUUGCGCAUGAAAAGCUCCCGGAUAGCUUUGUGGCCCUGGCUAGCAAGAAUCAACAAAUUCAAUCCAUGUCACCCCCCUCAAGCACUGCCACUCUGGCAGGAGGGAGAUUAUCGCGCAAGUAUUCAAGCAGCGGAACCAGCGGACGCGGGCGUGCGCUGGUCUCCCCAAUAGUCCGGUCGCUGAGUGGUGAUUCUCCGGUUCCGGCCAAGCGCUCGUCAGAGAUGCGCAGCAGAAAGCGGUCUAUGACCCAAGACUCAGACAUGACCACCUUUGAAGCGAGGAAAAGGUCCACUACAGAGGCCAGAAUGAAACAACGAGAUAUCCUGCAGUCUCCAAAGAGAAGCCCUACUAAGCCUCCAAGCUCCAGACAGAAGGAGCCUUUUGAAAACUCUUUCUUUAAACAGAGCAGCGGGAAUUUUGUGCCGCCGCUCGAGUCAUCUUAUCCGUCUUUGAUCCAACCAAUGCAACAACAAAGCAGCUACCCACCCCCGACCCUGUCAUACACAGAAGAAAUCCAGUAUGCUUUUGCACGAUCACCCAUCUUCAACUCCACAUCUCCUGCCGCAUCGCCUUUACCCCAAUCCCAAACAUCACACCACCCACAACACCACCAGUCCGCUCUCCCCUCUCCUUAUCUUACACAAUCCGGAUUCCCUCCUCGGCCGUUUUCGUUUCCUGGAAGAAGAUCGUCCAUCUCCUCUCAGAAUUCGCGCCGGUCACAACACAGUCCCCUGGCGGGUAGUGUCGAUUACGAGGAAAAGGGAAAAGAGAAGGGUCGUUGUCCCCACCCGGAUUGUGGGCGGGUAUUCAAAGAUCUGAAGGCCCAUAUGCUCACCCAUCAAUCAGAGCGACCGGAGAAAUGUCCGAUCGUAACCUGCGAAUAUCACCUGAAGGGGUUUAGUCGGAAAUAUGAUAAAAAUAGACAUACAUUAACACAUUACAAAGGGACGAUGGUGUGCGGCUUCUGUCCCGGUUCCGGCUCUGCUGCAGAGAAGAGUUUUAACCGUGCGGAUGUGUUCAAGCGACACCUGACUUCUGUUCAUGGCGUGGAGCAGACUGCGCCAAAUAGCCGGAAGAAAACGCCGCCUACGUCAAACCGAAAGGCUGCAACCUACAGCCAUGAUUCGACAGGAAAAUGCUCGACAUGUUCCUCAACAUUCAUCAACGCGCAGGAAUUCUAUGAGCACUUGGACGACUGUGUUCUGCGGGUCGUCCAGCAGGAAGAGCCCAGUGAAGCCAUCAAUCUUAAACGAUUGACAGAGGUGGCCUCUGACGAUGCUGUGCGACAGACCAUGGAGAAACACAUGCUUGUUGACACGGCCAGUGACGCGAUAACGAACAAUACCCAAACCGACGACCAUGAUGAUGAUAACAAUGAUUCUAACGACCUUUCAAAUAACGACACCACCAAUAGCAAUAAUAAUACCACAAACACCGAAGGCCUAUCCGCUGGUAAAGGCUCUCUAACACCAUCCGCCUCAUCAAUCGCCGCCACCACCAAUCCCACCUCAUCCUCCUCUAUGCUCUCCAAACCCUCCACCACCCUCACAGCCUCAGGCAUCACAAAACCCCGCUCAGCCACCUCCCGCCGUCGAAACAACCGCAACAACUACCCCCCAUCCUGGGGCAGGCCAACCAACAAAAUGAAAAUGAAAAAACGCGUCCUCUGCCUCUUCGACGGCCAGCGCCGCCUCUGGAAAGACGAGAUGAUGCUCGACAAUGAAUUCGAGGUGCGCUUGAAGUUACUCGGCGGUGCCGAUGGCACUGACAAUUCCAACGUCCGCGAUGCGUAUGUUACGGAUUUGGACGUGGAGACGCUGAAGCGUGCUGAGGCAGUGCAUGGGGCUACGGAGGAGGAGAGGGGCCCCUGGGAUGGGAACAUGGGCGGCGCAGGCGUUGUUGGACUAAUGGGUCCCGCUGCGGUGCCGUUGUUGAGACACAUGCCGGAGGGCGGGCUGGUUGAUGAGGUGGAUAUUGAUGAGUUGAUGGCGUGA